AUGAUAGCAUUAGAUAAAAUAUUACAAACUUUAGAUUUUUAUAAGAAUAGAUAAUAUUAAGGAUUAUAAAUUAGAGAAAAUCUUGAACCAGUUUAAUUAGAAAUUGGAUUAAGUGGAAUAGCAAGUUUUUAUGAAUAAGGAGGAAAUAAAUGA